GGGGCUGUGGCGCGCCGGUCCAACGCAACUAAGACAUUCCAACUGUAAGCGAGUCGGGAGUGCGGCGCUGCUGAUUCAAGGGGUUUGAUCCUUCGAGUGCGUGUGGUCAUGGUCAAAUUUUACUUAAGGCGCAAGAGUCUCUCACGACAUUUGGCAAUGCGUCCUUGUUGUCAUCGCACACUUCACGGUUAGGAAUUGAAGACUUGCGUCGGUAAUCCUUGACGAUAGUCCAAAAGAUCCCUCCCGCAAUCGACCAGACACUUACACCACAACAACUACGACCACCGACAAAAUGACUCAAGCAUACAUCAUCGGCGAUAGCUCGCCGUUCCUCAAGCGUGUCUUGAUUCCCUUCUGGGUCAUUCGAAUCGCGAUCAUGGUUCUUGAGAUCGUACUCUACGCUGGAACCAUCGCCGUUGCCGCUUCCAACAAGGAGGCCCUGAACGACUACGGCGACGACAACAGAACAGCAAGCUGGGUCAUUGGCGUCCUCUGUGUCAUUAUGGUAAUCAUUCUUAUCUGCUUGAUUCUCGACAUCGUCUGCAUCGUCAAGCGCUCUCGACGCACCCUCAGCCCGAAAUUCUUCCUCGUCUCCAACGUCAUCCAGACUCUGGUCUGGGUCAUUCUGUUCAUCCUCACCAUCAUCGGUGCUGGCGGCGCAUUUACCUUCAUUAUCGCGAUCGUUGUUCUCGCUUCCUUCGUCGGCCUCCUCAUCUACGCUAGCGUCAUUUACCACAAGUUCCGCAAGGGCACACUACCCCGCGGAAACUACGCUCCAGCCAACCCAAGCACUGGUUACACUGGAGGUUACGCCUCCAACGAGCCCAACAAGACCUACGACCCGAACGCAGCCCGUUACGAGAUGGACCAGAGAUACGCAUAAACCAUUGGUGGAAGGUUUUCUGAUUAGCGUUGAUUGGUUUAGAAACGGCAUUCACGACUUGGUCAUGUCCACAAGUCGAUUGUAGCAAAGACAGGCUUGGUCAUUGUUCUUUUUGUUACUGAUGAGGAGGAUGACUGCAACUCGGGCAAUGAUACCAGGCGUAAAGAAUUGAAAUUUAUUGGUUUUGCAUACUCCACCGGCCACAGGCUCAUUGGCUCGAUAGUGUCCAGCAGCACGCAUUUCCUUGCUCAUAUCUCCAUCAAUGAAGCGGUUGAAGUUGUGCAAAUAGUUAUAUGUACGUUGUCACCAAGAGUCGAAAGCUCAAAUUUAUGGGGAACGGGUUCGCCUUAGAUACCCUUUCCCGCUAGCCUGAGCUUGAUUCUCAAUACCGCAUCACUUUGCUCAGAGAAUCGGCGACGAGUCGUGGCCCAGGUUUUUACUAGUGAC